AUGGAGGAAUCAUCAAAUAAAUCAUUAGAACACAUUGUAUUUUUUAUGUUGAAACCAUUUGAAAAUGAUGAAAUGGAAACAAUAAAAAAAAUAAUUUAUGAAAUAUCAUUAAUUAAUGGUGUCGUAUAUUGUUUUUUCGAAAAGAAUUUAAGUGAAAGAAGUAAAGGUUAUAAUUAUUUUUUAAGGAUUGGGUUGGAAAGUGAAAAUGAUCUUUUGGUUUACCAAACACACAACUCACACACCAAAUUAAAAAAAUUUUUAAAAAAUUAUGAAAUAGAUAUAUUAAUUUUAGAUUUUUACAUCCCAAAAAUUUACAAACAUCAUCCUUCCACCCAAAAUUCAAAAAUCAACAAACUUGUUUUAUAA